ACUGAUGCGAUCAAUAUUUAGUUAUAAUAUGAAUUAUAAAAGCACCCAACUGUGAAAAAUCGAUUGAUUCAUGCAUAAUGAAAUAAUUCGUCGAUGUUUGAACAGCGUGCCAGAUAUAGCCGUUUGAUUUCUAUAGAAUUAUUUGAUAUGACAGUGUUAAAUGAUCAGCCCGAUUAAUUCGUAAACCCGACCUGAUAAUAGUAUCGAUUGCGGUUAUCACGUUUUAUCUAUUUUCCCCUGUAUUUACUCAGCGACAAUAAAAUACAGUAGUGCACCUUUGAACAAUUCAUACAUAAGUGCUAGAAUCGUGCAUGCGAAAAAAAUCCGUGUCUGUGAAGCGACAGAUUAGAUUAAAAGUAUUUAGUAGUCCAAUUAAUGGGUUGGCUAACGAGCGUAACGAAAACACCCGCAGACCGUAUAUUACGAUUAUAUAUCAACGUUAAUUUGUUAUAAUAAUAUAAAGGCAACUUCGUAAAUAUACAAACACCCAACUGAAAAUAUAUUUCGCCGCUGUUUGUUGUGACGUUUUCAAGUAAAUGUUUGGAUUGGGAGAUCCAACACAGACUCCAACGAUUUAAAAUAAAUCGAUUAUUUCCCUCUUUAAACCGUGUACCGAUAGUUUAGUGAUAUGGUGCGGAAAUUUCGGUCUCCAUUGUUUUCGUCGCGGCGCCGGUUCUGUAACAGUUUAAUAUGAAAACAUGAAAUUUAACUCACCCUGUGCCAUCCUUGUCCUCGUUACAAUAUAUUCUCAAAUCUGUGUUUCUAAAAGACAUUCUGGUGUCAGAAAAAAUGUGAUCCCGGUGGUAAAAAUGAUUGAAGUUAAAGCAGGAAAGAAUAUCUCAUUGAUCUGCAAGGAUUUUCAUAGCAAUCAUCACAAUCCUGUUAAUAAUGGAAUCACUUGGGAUCAACUGCCUUGCGAAAGCAAUGACUAUAACGACUGUGAUACGGAAAACGCUAAUGACAUAGGUACCAGCAAGAAAUGGAGGUCCUUAAGUGAAUUUUCUGGGCUGGGCAACCUAAUCAUUAAGGACGUUAAAGAGAGUAAUGCCGGCCUUUAUAGGUGCAUGGAUAACAGACGCAUCAAGAAACUCUUCGAUGUUAAAGUUAGAAACUUCGACACUUCUUCAAAUGACAUGAACACGACGGUGGACGACGUGGUAGAUUUGGAUUUGGUGUACACGCCAGCCUACAAAUCCAUGCACUUCAUCAUCAGGUGCAACGUCACCCUCUCGGCUCCUGUGAAAAUCAUUUGGUUCAAAAGGUGCGAGCAGAACUCCAAGUCGGUACUCAACGAAGACGGACUGUACUAUUGCCACAUCGUCUCCAACAUCACCUCGUACAGUAACAGGGACGUGAAUUUGAGCAAGUUGAAGAUCUACAACGCCCAACAUUCGGACAGUGGGGUUUACGUUUGUGUUGCCAUAACUGGAAUGGGGAGGUUCGACAAAACUAUUGUGGUUGAUAUUCCGAAAGUCGACGAGGAGGAGGGCAUUUCGUUGCUGCUGUUUUUGAUACCGUGCGUCCUGUUUAUACCGAUCUUGUUAGUGUGGCUGUGUUAUCACUUUAGAAAGUGGAGGAGCAAAUCGAUGCGAUACAUGAGGCCGACCAAAAUUGUGGCGCAGCCACAAGAGCGAAUUUGAGAGGAGUUAUUGUUAUGAAUUUCUGGUAUUUAUUCCCUAUUGCUGUCCCGAAAAAGGACUGAAUAUCUCUGUGAUUUAUAUUUUUUAAUAAAGUACAUGAUUUAUGUUUUA